AUGUCCAAAGUCAUCGCUUUCCUGGGUGCCAGCACCGGUAUUGGCCAAGCUGCCCUUGAACACACCCUCGCCGCCGGCUAUCGAUGCCUGGCACUCUGUCGUGAUCCCUCCAAACUCGAGAAAACUUUUCCGCCAGGGUCAAAUCCCAACCUCGAAAUCAUUCAAGGAAAUGCACACGAUGUGGCUGCAGUGGCAAAAUGCCUCCAAACCGACAAUCGCAUCGUCGACGUGAUCGUGACCACGAUCGGGGCCAAGCCUAUCCCACUGAAAAUGACCGUUGAUGACCCAGAUGUCUGCAAGAAGGGCGCAGCGACCUUGCUCGAAGCGCUCGCUCAACUGCGAAGUAGUGGGAUCAAGGGUAACCCACAUAUCAUUGCAUGCAGUACUGCAGGCUUCUCACGCUUUGGCCGCAAUAUCCCUCUCGCGAUGAUCCCUAUAUAUGCUUUGUUUGUACGGGUGCCCGGCGCGGAUAAGGUUGUGAUGGAAGACCGCAUUGCGGCGAGUGGGGAGAGUUUCACGAUCAUCAGGCCCAGUCAUCUUACCGAUGGCGCGUCUGACAAGACUAUUCGGGUGGGGAUUGAAGAUCCUACAAACGGCCCAGUGUCGGAUGUGGUUGGCUACAGUAUCUCCCGGGAAGAUGCAGGCAGGUGGCUGGCAGAGCAUCUCGUGUUGCAUACCGACGCGCGACACAUGAACAAGAAUCUCCUUAUCACAUACUGA